AUAUUCACGUGACGCCAUUCGAAGUUUAUCCCUACGCAAUUCUUUUUUCCAAUCUGAAGUGUGAUUCAAAUAAAUUAAUUUAAUAUGUACGGACAACAACCCAUUCUCGUUCUGAGCCAAAAUACAAAGCGUGAAUCAGGCAGAAAGGUGCAGGUCGAAAAUAUCAAUGCCGGAAAGGCUAUUGCAGACUUGAUACGAACAUGUCUUGGACCUCAGGCUAUGCUAAAAAUGCUGAUGGAUCCCAUGGGCGGUAUCGUUAUGACAAAUGACGGUAAUGCUAUUUUGAGAGAAAUCACAGUGACUCAUCCAGCUGCAAAAAGCAUGAUCGAAAUUGCCCGCACACAAGAUGAAGAAGUUGGUGAUGGAACAACAUCAGUCAUUGUUUUAGCUGGUGAAAUGUUAGCAGUUGCUGAACCUUUCCUUCAACAACAAAUUCAUCCAACAGUCAUUAUCCGAGCAUAUCGUGAAGCAUUAGAAGACAUGAUUAAUGUUUUACAAAAUGAUGUCAGCAUUGCUUUGGAUAAAAGUGACAAAUCAAAAGUUGCUGAAGUUGUGAAAGCUUGUGUUGAAGAAUUUGUUCAACGUAUUUGCGAAGACAUCAUUGCUGUUAAGCCAGAUUUGGUAUUUACUGAGAAAGGUGUUUCUGAUUUAGCUCAGCAUUACUUGCUCAAAGCUGGAAUCACAGCAAUUCGUAGAUUACGAAAAACUGAUAAUUUACGUGUUGCACGAGCUUGCGGUGCCACAAUUGUGAAUCGCACAGAAGAGCUUACAGAGAAGGAUGUUGGAACUGGUUGUGGUCUCUUUGAAGUUCGCAAGUUAGGUGAUGAAUAUUUCACUUUUAUCACUGAAUGCAAAGAUCCAAAGGCAUGCACGAUCUUGUUACGUGGCGCAAGUAAAGACAUUCUCAAUGAAACGGAGAGAAAUCUACAAGAUGCUCUUCAUGUCGCAAGAAAUUUGAUGUUAGAGCCUCGUUUAGUUCCUGGUGGUGGAGCAGUUGAAAUGGCAGUUUCACAAGCUUUAACUCAUAAGCAGAUCCAAGGACCGUACCGUGCUGUAGCGCAAGCAUUGGAAAUUAUUCCAAGAACAUUGGCUCAAAAUUGUGGUGCCAAUACAAUUAGAACUCUCACUGCAUUGCGUGCCAAACACGCAUCACAUCCACAAGGAGAUACCACACCAUGCUCUUAUGGAAUCAACGGAGAAACUGGCGAGAUUGUUGACAUGAAAGUUCAAGGAAUUUGGGAACCUCUUUCCGUGAAGAUGCAGGUUUAUAAGACUGCCGUUGAAACAGCAAUCCUUCUUCUUCGUAUUGAUGAUAUUGUUUCGGGAUCAAAGAAAAGAGAUAGAGAUGGAAUUACUGCACCCGGCGCUGCAGCAGCUGGACAAGAAUAA